UAUGACAUAGGAUGAAGCCAGCUAUUAGGAAGGCUUUGACAGGAUUGAUAGGAAUCGAUCUCGCUCUUGGUGUAGCACUUGUGGUAUCGGUGAAUCUCGUGGGCAAUAGUGAUGGGAACACCACUACGGCUGGAACUGAAGAUACUACUACAGAUACUAACAUUACCAAUUCCUCUCCCAUUGCCACUACUGAUGCCAUCACUACUAUAUUAACCACUACAACCGCUACUACAACAACAACUACGACAACGACAACGACGACGACUACAACAACAACAGCACCACCAAGCAUCAACUGCGUUUGCGUAGUGGAUUUGCAAUACAUUAACAAAGCAAGAGAGAUAGACAAGGAAAAAAGUCUAAUCCUAAAAGUCGCCAGCAAGCUUUUCAAAGUAAGGCAAGGUUCGAGUACUGGAAUUUGGGCUUACGGCUCAGUAGCACAAAAAACCGAUUUUACAAAUGUCUUCGAUAAAAUGUGCGAUACCUAUGAGAAAUUCGAAGGUGAAGCUCACAAAGCCAUGCAAAGAGGAUCUUCACAUAACGAACUGGGUGGAAACUUUACGACAAUAAACACUGCAACUGGUCCAGAAGGAAAAGUGAAUAACUUGCUAUUCAUAACGAGAUUAUUGCUGUGCGAUAAGCGAAAGAAUGCUCACCAUAGUGAUAACGUAAACUUGUGCCUUUGUAUUCAAUGCUUCUUCCGUUGA